UUUAACCAAACAAAGAGGAGGAAACCAAAAACACCAAAACACAGUCCUCCAAUAGACUGACGGAUAAACACAGACCAGCUGAACAAUCCCCCCGCGCAUGCUCUGUGUGAUCAUCCCAGUACUAAAGAGUGCAGUGCACAAGUAGCGCGAGAGAUGAAGACUCCUCCUGACAGAUCAGGGAUCACCUUUGAGGUCGGGGCGCAGCUUGAAGCCCGUGACUGCCACAAGAAGUGGUACGCCGCCACCAUCGAGAAGAUCGACUACGACACGGAGAAAGUCCUGAUCCACUACCGCCAAUGGAGCCGGAGACACAACGAAUGGUUCCAUUGGACCUCGCCGUUCCUGAGGCCGCUGGAGAGAGUCAGCCUGAGGAGGCAGGGUCUGAAUCCUCCAUGCUCACAGCCGAUGUUUGUUUCAGGUACGAAGGUCCUGGCCUGUUGGACCGACUGUCGCUUCUACCCGGCCAAAAUCCUCAGAGUCAACAGGGACGAGUCCUACACCGUGCGUUUCUACGACGGCGUGGUUCGGACUGUGAAGCCCACCAAAGUCAAACCUUUCCAGGAAAAGUCCAGAUCAGAGAAGUAUGCCGUCGGAAGCGAGGGAUGGGAGGAAGGGGAGAGCGGUGAGGACGGAAAAGAGAGUGAGGACGAGGGGGAUGAGGAAGAGGAAGAGGAGAAGAAGGAUGAAGAGGAGAGGGAGGAGGAGGAGGAGAAGGAGGAGGAGGAGGUGAUGUCAGAGGAGAAGGAAGGAGGUGAGGACGUGGAGGAGGAGAGGAAGAGGAAAGCUGAACCUUCAUCCUCACAUCCAGCAGCAAAGAGGAAAACAGAUGACGGUGGCAGCGGUGCGGCUCACGAUGAGCCAAUCACAGCUGACCCCGCCCAGCCGGCCCCUACAAACCCCGCCAACAUCAACAAAGAUGUCCUGCUGGAACGUCAGUCCCACCUGCCCACCACACACAAGUUCAGCAGAGAACCAUUGUACCGGGUGAUAAAGAACCAGCCUCCUCCCAUCCUCUCCAUCGAGCUCGACCACAACCCCUUCAAGUGUCCCGCUGCCGGCUGCACCAAGUCCUUCAGGAAGGCCAGCCUGCUGCACUACCACAUCAAAUACUACCACUCCGACCAGCAGCUGGACGAGGGAGGCGGCGAGCUGGAGCCACCCAGGAGGAAGAGGACAUCGUCCAAGGGGGGCGACUUCAUGUCGGAGAGGAGGAGUGAGGACCAGGAUGACACCUGUGAGCAUGUGGACAGAGAGCACAGCAUCAUGGGAGCAGAGGUGAAGAGGGAGAAACCUGGAGGGCUGGACCGAAAGGAGAGGAAGAACUUCCUGAGAGUCAAACUUAAGAAGAAGAAAAAGAAGAAGAAGAAGAGGAGGAGCCACUCAGGUGGGAGUCAAAAACUGUCAGGACUCGGCAGCAGUGACGAUGAGAGCUCAGACAGACCUCCGAUCACUCUGAAGCUGUCCUCUGAUCUCCACGAUGUAGACACACAUGUCGACGACGGCAGCGACUGGUCGACACUAACGGCAGAGAGCGGAGAGGACACGCCCUCUUGGCCUGUGUCUAUGGAUACAGAGGAGUGUGAGGUGGUGAGGUGUGUGUGCGAGGUGGACGAGGAGAACGACUUCAUGAUCCAGUGUGAGUCGUGUCUGUGUUGGCAGCACGGGACCUGUAUGGGUUUAUACGAAGACAACGUCCCUCACAACUACAUCUGCUACUACUGCAGACACACCGCAGGUUGGAGGCGGGCUCAGCGCUUCCUGUCAGAGCCUGAUUUGCUGAUAUCAGGUCACAUGUUUGGCCUUUCCUGCGUGAAGGAGAACUACUCAGAGAUCAACGCCUCCAAGAUCUCACACACCAGACGCCUGCUGGCACACACACACGGUCUCAAUCAGGUCCUCAGCGGGCUGCAGCUCAAAAUCAGCCUGUUACACUCCCCGUCACACCCCGAUCUGCAGCUGUGGAGGUUACCAUGGAGAAGAGAGGAAGGGUCGAGGCUGGCGUCCAGCCCGAGAGGAGACACCCCCCUCUGCUACGUCAGCAGCGAGCACUGCUACCAGAAGCCUGGAGCAUCAUGGGAGAAAGCAGAGGAGACGGUCGUAGUGAAGCAGGAGCAGGACUAUGAGCAGAAGGAAAUCAAGACUGAAGAGGACGACCAGAAACCAGCUGUCAUCACACACACCGUCACACACAUAGACACGAGCAGAAUAAAGAGAGAGAACCACACACACACAGACGGCAACCAACACACACACGCUCAGACGAACCCGGUGGAGGCGGCGCCGGAGGCCGAGUGUCAACUGAACCUGCAGGAACAUGUCGAGUCUCUGCACCAGCAGAUCAGCGCCAGGAUGGACAUGAUAGAGAGAGAGCUGGAUGUCUUGGAGUCCUGGUUGGACCACUCCGGCGAGCUCGAGCCUCCCGACCCUUUGUCCCGCCUCCCACAGCUCAAACAGCGAAUCAGGAGGCUGCUGCGCGACCUGUGCACCAUGAGACGUCUGUCGGUGUGGCGCUGACACAUCUCCCUCCUCAGACUCUGAACCCUCUGACCUUUGACCCCUGCACGUCUGUGGUGGACUAAAGAAGGAGACAGAAAGGAGCGGACUCUCGACCUGACGGACUGGACUUUUGAGUCUGUUGUGUUCCCUGAGCGUCGCAGCACAGCGCCCCCCUGUGGAGGAGAAAAGCUGAACUGUCACAGAGCUGAUUUUAACAGUUUGUAUAAAGUGACUGAGAGAAACAGAAACACAACGUCAGACCUGUGGAGUCGGGUUUUAGUUUGUAACCAGCUGACGUCGGGAUGACAUCACUUCCUGUUUGAUGUUUUUAAAGUUUAGUAUCUGAACUGACACGGGGCACCGUCGAGACUUCGGCAAAGCUAACCGCAGAGCUUAGACUGAAGUUCCCCCGAGAUCUGCGUGACCUCAUCCAGACACAACAUUAACUGUAAAUAAAGAUGGAUGACACCUCUCCACCCUGUUCCUCUGUACAAAAGUGAAGCCAAAAUACUGUAAUGGGCGCUGACAUAUUUCAGUGUUAGAGUUGUUGCAGAGGAGAUCAGCUGGAGGCGGCAGGCAGCCACCAGGGGGAGCGCUACAUGUUUUGGUUUCACUUUCAGGGAGCUGCUGUGUCAUCCAUCUUUAUGUACAGUCUAUGAUUGAAACAGAGGUUUUUAAAGACGUGAGGAUUUAGUAAAAAGGUUUCCACAUUUAUACUUUUAUAAGUUUCCAGAAGGAGAGACUUUACCGGACUGAACGUUAAAACUUCCUUUACGUGUAAAAACAUUCAGUUUAAAAGACGAAGUUAAAAACGGUAUCCUGUAACUUUGCAGAUUUAUUUCCACUUUUUAACAAUGAAAGGUCAGGACAUUUUGUUUGAAAGGCGUUACGGCGCAGGUUUAGGUUCUGCUAUUAAAACAGAAGUGUUAAUAUUCACAUGUUCACACGGCAGAAAGAAACAUGAGGAGGGAUUAUUAAGCUGUACAGAAACAAACGACUGAAACUGACGUGUGUGUUUGCUUUUAAGACGUCGUACUGUCACUCAGCAGUUAUUCUUUUCCUUUUUAUUUCAUUUAAAAAAAACAAGUGUUAAUAGUUUUUCACGUCUUCCUCAACUUUUCUAGAUUUAUAUCACUUCUUUCAUUUUCUGACUUUAGGAGAAAAAAGUAAAAAAAAACAGUUUUAACGUCCGUUCCUCUUAACGCUCUUUACCCUUGGGAACAGCUUAUAACUCAGUGUGUCGUGCUCUCUCUCUCGCAGACUCUAUGUAAAGGUUUCGUCCACUUUAACUCCAGAAAGGUGGAUCUUUCUGAAGAACACGUUCUCUGUAAAUACAAACACUUUCAGUUCUGUGAAUAUUUCUCAUUACAGCCGUUGGGCAGAGCGAGGUUAAUGCGUCUAAUAAACUUUACAACACGAGCUUAGAGCAGCUGUUUUUAUGUCAUAAGAUUAAACGUUUAUAUAUGGACAUGAAGCCAAGGUUUUUAUCUCAUGGUUUAAAACUCAACCUCUUAUUAAGAGGAAACAAACAUUAUGUCUUCUGAUAACCUCUGAAGAAAGCCCAGGAGGCGUCUUGAGAAUCAUUAAAUAUCACAAACAUCCAGAGAGAUUAUCCCGGGCGCUAAAAGAGAAACAACUUUUCUAAGCGACAUGGAGAAAUAGUCGUACACACGGUUACUCAACACUUUUCAGUCAUCGUGAGUUUCCUCCGCUGUGACUCAAAGCUUCUGAGAAUGUAAAUAGUUUUCUACUCUUGUUGGAGAAAGGAGUUGUACAAAGCUGAAGAUGUAUUUUGAUAGAAAGAUUAUCUGGUUGUUAAAUAAGUUUGGAUCAGUGUGGAAACACAACAGGAAGCUGGAACCGGCUGAAUCGACUGAAAACGAAGCAAAGAAGGAGCAAACGGGAAACUUGGGAUGUGUGCGAUGUUCCCUUCAUGACCGCCUCACAACCCUUCGUGCAGACGGCAUGACACUGAUCUCUCUCUGAGGCGUUCUCUCACGUUCCACCAUGAAAACAAACCUCCCCCUUUGCUCUCUCAUUUCACUCCAGAGUUUCUCCAACAGGUGACGUCUGCUGCCUGAUGUUGUUAUCAGAAACAGUCUGUAGUUGGUUGAUACAGAUAUUAAACCAAUACUUCAAUGCAUCCAUGUUUUCAUCCUUUUCUGUCCUGUCUUUUCUCUUGAUGAAUUGCUCGGUUGGGUAACUCAGUGAAAUAAAAACAUUCAGAUUUGA